CGCCGACUUUCGCUGGUAGGUCAUUCAACAUGGUGCAACGCAUUCUCUCCAACACUACCUCCGACACUACGCAGAAAGUGCUGAGGAGUGUUGCUGCAUAUAUGCUCAUGUACUUGUGAACGCGGGUCUCACGCAUCGCUUUUGUUCAACAACAGUUUUCGACGGCAGCAAAAACCACAGGUUCCCAAAGUACAUACAGUACGAAGUCUGCAGCAACACACACCGGCUUAACUCGUUCAGCAGAGCUCAUUCGUAGCAGCUGCGCACGACAAAUCAGCAGCGCAAUCAACCCAUCCGCCACACAAUCGAGGUGCCAAAGCACAACGGAGCCGCCCAAAAACAGCCGAAUACACAUCUACCGUUCAACGGAGGAUUGGACACCGCUAUGAUGACAACGUAUCAACCGCAUCUGGCCUCUACGGAGUCGAUACGAAAGCAGCGGAAGAAAUUGGUCGUUGUCGGUGAUGGAGCGGCUGGGAAGACGAGUUUGCUGGUUGUGCAGAGUGGCGAGCCGUUUCCUGAGGAGUAUGUACCAACAAUCUUCGAAAACUAUAUAUCGCGAGUACAAGUCAAAGACAAGACAUAUGAGCUCAGUCUAUGGGAUACUGCCGGACAAGAGGACUACGAUCGGUUACGGCCGCUGAGUUACCCCGACACGGAUGUGAUACUCCUCGCAUUCUCUGUCAUCGCCCCAGGAAGCUACAACAAUAUAAGAGAAAAGUGGAAUCCCGAAACCCAGCACUUCCUCCCACACGUCCCACGCAUUCUCGUCGGCUGCAAAACCGACCUGCGCCACGACGCCGGCAUUCUCGAAGGCCUCGCCAAGAUCGGUCAGAAACCGGUCACCACCGAAGAAGGCCACAAGCUCGCGCAGGAGCUGUCCACCUCCACGCAUAUGAAGGUGCGGUACUUUGAGACCAGUGCCAAAACGGGGGAUGGCGUUGGGGACGUGUUCGUGUGUGCGGCGAAGAUGGUCAAUCGGGGGAAGGGGGGACGGGGAGCGUGUUGUAUCAUGUGAGGGGAUGUAUGAGCGACGGUCGAUGGACGGUGAUGGUAUCCGAGCCCGUCGCAGACAUUGUAUAACUGCAGAACCCCAUAUAGACGCACCCCAACCCUGGAUCUGGACAACUUGGUUUGGUUUCACGUCUCCGAAUCCCUUUGUCCAUGUUACUUGUAUGUCAAAUAUCCCUUUUUCUCUUCAAUCAUAUCCGACCUUCUUUUUUGGACCUAGGUUUCUACAGUA